AUGCCAGACCUCGAUGCUCUUCAGAAAGUAACUGUGCUAGGAGCCCCAACGGAGCCCCGAUUGGAAGCUAGAAGUGGCAGAUGGCUCUCGGGUUGCGAGUUCAACUCGACGGUCGACAUUGCCGUGCUGCUCAAGCUGUUGCAGCACUCAAGACGACGGAAGUGCCCUUGA